AUGUCCUCCUUCGGCGUACGUUCCCCCGGCCACGAAGGCGCCGGCGUCGUCGCAGCCCUCGGCUCCAACGUCACCAAGUGGAAGAUCGGGGACCGCGCGGGCAUAAAACCCGUAUACGACUGCUGCUUUGACUGUGAGCUUUGCUGGACCGGGAAGGAAACGUACUGCGACAAAGCUGAUCAGGUUGGCUUGAAUUUCCCAGGGAGCUACCAGCAGUAUGUUGUUAGUCCUGCACGGUACACGCAGAGGAUUCCGGAUGGUGUGGACGACUUUGUUGCUGGGCCAAUCAUGUGUAGUGGUAGUACAAUCUAUUGUAGUCUGAAAGAGGCUGGUUUAAAAGCUGGGGACUGGGCGGUGUUUCCAGGAGCAGGUGGAGGCGUGGGACACAUGGGUGUUCAGCUCGCAAAAGCGAUGGGCCUACGUGUCGUUGGUAUCGAUGGAGGCGAAGAGAAGAGAGCGCUAUGUACGAAACUUGGAUGCGAGGCAUUUGUGGAUUUCACACAGGUCAAGGAUGUGGCCGCCGAGGUCGUUAGAAUUUGCGAUGGCAAGGGCGCGCAUGGUGUCUUCGUGACGGCGACGAGUGCUGCGGCGUAUGCCAGCUCCCCUAUGAUGUUGCGAAUAAGCGGGAAAGUGAUGUGUGUUGGUAUACCACCGAUGGGUACUGCGUUUGCGGGCGCUGAUCCGCUUCUCAUGGCAAGUCUUCCGGCUACAAGUUAG